UCUAGGAUUAGGUGUGGAGUUGGGGGGGUUCGCCGGGUCUCUCCCCUGUGUCGGGGUAGGACAGUUACCCGGUUGCCCUGCUCCUCUCCAGCUCCUCUCCUCUAGGAUCCUCUCCCACUGCUCCCAUUCACGCUCCUUUCUCUCCAGUUUUCCUAACUCCUUCCAAAUUAGUGCUAGUUCCUUUCCCCUUUCCCACCAGUCUAUUCCAGUCAUCCUUUAGCUCCUGGCUUCCGUCCGGUUUAACCAACUUCUCUCACCAGUUCUAUUUCCAGUUCUUUUCUAGUAUUUCUAGACCUUCAUCCCACCUCGACGUUUCUCCCCUCUUCGCCACCGAGAUGCCGUCGGGUUUUCAGCAGAUCUGGUCCGAGGAGGGGGAUCCUCCCCAACAGCGGGUGACUGGAACCCUGAUCCUUGCAGUAUUCUCCGCUGUGCUUGGCUCCCUCCAGUUUGGCUACAACAUUGGAGUUAUCAAUGCCCCACAGAAGGUGAUUGAACAGAGUUACAAUGAAACAUGGCUGGGACGGCAAGGCCCUGAGGCCCCUGGAUCCAUUCCCCCAGGCACCCUCACCACUCUCUGGUCUCUCUCUGUUGCCAUCUUCUCUGUGGGUGGCAUGAUCUCCUCCUUCCUCAUUGGCAUCAUCUCCCAGUGGUUGGGCAGGAAGCGUGCCAUGAUGGUCAAUAAUGGUGUGGCUCUUCUCGGGGGAGCAUUCAUGGGCUUGGCCAAGACAGCUGCCUCUUAUGAGAUGCUUAUUCUUGGACGAUUUCUCAUUGGCGCCUAUUCAGGGCUGACAUCAGGACUGGUUCCUAUGUAUGUAGGGGAGAUUGCUCCUACUCACCUUCGGGGAGCUUUAGGAACCCUCAAUCAGCUGGCCAUAGUCAUUGGCAUCUUGGUUGCCCAGGUCCUGGGCUUGGAUUCCAUGCUGGGAACAGAGAAACUGUGGCCAUUGUUGCUGAGCCUGACUGUGCUUCCUACCCUCCUUCAGCUUGUACUAUUGCCUUUCUGCCCAGAAAGCCCUCGAUACCUCUAUAUCAUUCGUAACCUUGAGGGGCCUGCCAGAAAAAGUCUGAAGCAACUGACUGGCUGGGCAGAUGUAUCUGGAGCACUAGCAGAGUUGAAGGAGGAGAAACGACAACUAGAACGGGAGCAGCCCCUCUCAUUGCUCCAGCUUCUCCACAGCCGAACUCAUCGGCAGCCCCUGGUCAUUGCCGUUGUGCUGCAGCUCAGCCAGCAGCUAUCAGGGAUCAAUGCUAUUUUCUACUAUUCAACUAGCAUCUUUGAGUCAGCAGGAGUAGGACAGCCAGCAUAUGCUACUAUUGGAGCAGGCGUGGUGAACACAGCUUUCACUUUGGUCUCGGUAUUGCUAGUGGAACAGGCUGGACGUCGAACACUGCAUCUCUUGGGCCUGGCUGGAAUGUGUGGAUGUGCUAUCUUGAUGACUGUGGCUCUCCUUUUGCUGGAACGGUUUCCUGCCAUGAGCUAUGCCAGUAUGGUAGCCAUCUUUGGCUUUGUGGCUUUCUUUGAGAUUGGCCCAGGUCCUAUCCCAUGGUUCAUUGUGGCUGAACUCUUUAGUCAGGGACCCCGACCAGCUGCCAUGGCUGUGGCUAGCUUCUCCAACUGGACAUGCAAUUUCAUCGUGGGUAUGAGCUUCCAGUAUAUUGCGGAUGCCACUGGCCCUUACGUCUUCCUCCUCUUUGCUGUCCUCCUGCUUGGCUUCUUUCUCUUCACCUACUUGAAGGUGCCAGAAACACGGGGCCGAACAUUUGACCAGAUAUCUGCAGCCUUCCGACGGACACCAUCAUUGCUGGAACAGGAAGUGAAGCCUAGCACAGAACUUGAGUACCUGGGACCAGAUGAGAAUGACUGAGAGGCAGGGUGGAAGGUGGCAAGUACACCUUUCCCCCUUCUUUCAAGUGAACUCUCCUUUCUGCAGCACUUUAAGUUUCCCUUGCCUACCCCUUCAAGGUAGGAAGGAAUAUCUUAGGUCUGUGUGGUAAUGGGGGAGGGGGGCUAAAAUUCAUAGCUUGAAUUCUCCCCCCAACCCUAUUCCCUUUAGUGUGAAUCUCUUGGGUUAUCUAUAGUGGUUGGGUUUUGGGUGUAAAUAUAGGCGGGGCUCCAUCCCCAACCUCCCUAUUCCCAAGGAUUUCCUGGUCCCUCCUUCCCCUUUUCCCUAGCCUCAGAUUUCUAUUCCCACUUGCAACAAAGAAGGGGAAUUACAAAGAUCCCCUAGAACUAAUUUUUCCAGGUGGGGAAGAAUAAUAUACAUCCUACCUUCCUAAAGAGCAAGAAGUCUGGGGCCCAGCUCCCUAUUAGCCUCCCCUCUUAACUUCAUACCAACAGGUUAUCUAUACCCCCUACUCCCAACCUGAAAAAGCCAAAAAAGUGGGGAGAGUUCUCAUGCUGAGAAAUCUCUAGGGAAGGUAUUUCCUUUCACUCUUUUGUUGUCCUUUAGGGAAAUUAUGCACAUGGUAGAGAGAGCUCUAGGGAAGAUACUUCCCUUUAUGCUAUUCUGUCCUUUGGGGAGAUUGUGCACAUAGGGAACACUAGGAAAUAUAUUUCCCUUCACUUCUCUCUUCUGGUUUUUGGUGAGACUGUGCACAUGGUAGGGGAGAGCUCUAGAAACAGAUACCUUCUCUCACUCCAUUCUGUUUUGGGAAGGCUAUGCACAUGGUAGGGAACACUCUAGGGAAGAUAUUCCCUUCAUUCUAUCCUUUGGGGAAGAUUAGCACAAAUAUGCCAGUAGGUCUUUCUCCUCUGUGGAUUCCCACUUAAGAGCCUUAAGUUGGGGCACUGUCCUUCACCUCACUCUCACCCAGAGAUGUAUUUUGUACAGAUUUUUUGAGUUCCUGACAAAAAAAAAGAGUGGAGGCUUCUGUUGGUGUCAUGCAAAGGCUGAUUGAAGCCUUAGAACAU